AUCUGAUCCGGUGUUAUACGAGAGGAGCUUGUUCUCUCUCAAGUUUCUCUUUGGUUUACUUCUCCUUUUUCAUAGGGCACCUCCACCGCUUCACCUGUGUUGUGAUCUAUUACCACGUGUGCUGUUUGUUAAUAUUUAAUUAAUUUGACCGGAUUGAUCUUCAUUCGAGGACAGGAGCCAUUAAUAUAACAAGAGGAAGAAAAGAGUUAUUUAUAAUCAAUUGCUCCAAUCUUGGGACUGCGCGGUAUUGAAAAGGAAGAAAUUUAAUAAAAAAUUUUGAAUAAUUCACAAACAUGGAUCAGAAAAAUGCGAGCGAGAGCAGCGAGGACUGUACGAUGGAUUGCGACGCGGAAAAUGAAUCGACACAGAUUCAAAAAGAGAUCGUCGAGGUUAGGGCUGAAAAACCUGGCAAGAAGGUUAAAAGGGGUAUAAUCUAUCUGUCCACAAUUCCAAAGUAUAUGAACAUCAUGAUGAUCCGGGAGAUGUUUUCUGCCUAUGGGAAAGUGGGCAGAAUAUAUCUGCAGCUAGCCGACAAUGAGACGCAGUCGGCGAAACAUAAGAAAAAGUCCAAGAAAGUAGUCAAGCAUUUUACUGAAGGUUGGAUAGAGUUUGAAAGCAAGAAGGUGGCGAAAUUUGUAGCAGAUACGCUAAACAAUACUCAAGUGUCUACGAGAAAGAAAAGCAAGUUCUACGAUGUUAUGUGGAAUAUAAAGUAUUUGCCUAGAUUCAAAUGGAUUCACUUGAGUGAACGUUUGGCGUAUGAACGUGCAGUUCAUAAACAAAGACUUCUGACGGAAAUAGCGCAAGCUAAGAGAGAAAUUAACUUCUUCUCAUAUAACGUAGAUAGAAGUAAAAAGUUGCGUAGGAAACAAAAACAAGGAGAGGAAACCGCAUUUGAAUUGCCUGAAGUUAAACAAAGGGAUACUGAUAACGAGAUAAGGAGCAGGAAAGAAGAAACGCGUGUAGAUGACAGAACGGAGUUCCUUAAAUCCAUAUUUGGAUAAGAUUUAUAAACAUAAAACUGCAGAAGAAAGUUGUGGAAAUAACAUUCAUCAAAAAAUUUUCGCGUCACGAAGAAUCCAAGACCAUUGGUAGAAAUUGUAUUAGAUGAAAUGAUUACCGCAUCAAUGUUCAUAGCGCUGGUGUUACAACGUAAUGAUUGAAAUAGAAGGUAAUUUUUAUUUAUUUUUACGAUUUUAGAGAAAUUAAUUUUCUGAACAGAAAUAUGAGAGGGGAUGCUUAAAAUAUAGGAUUGGUUUCAUCACAACAAAGAGUUUCGAAAUAUUGUAAUUAUUUUUAUUAUUGUGUGCAACAGCCACGACUAUUUAUCAGGCCGCAUAUAAAGCGUGUCAUGUAUUAUCGGGCGCGGCAAUACUCAAUUUUAAUAAAUAUUUAUGUAAGGAAAUAAA